UAGUUGCGAAAAGAAUCAUGAAUUUGAUAUUUCAUAGUCGUUACUAGAUGAAACGAAGCAGGAUCAAGUUAACGUGACAUCUUUACGAUAUUUUUGAUCAAGUUAUAGUCGUUUUAACGUGCUGCUACGACCAACAAUAAAGUUCUUUAGUAUCAAAAUUAAAAUCUCAAAACAUGUCGGAUCUGGAACAGAACAUUGCCGAUUUAGAAAUCGAAGGAACAGGCAAGAAAAAGCUAACUCACAAAGAAAAAAAAAAAUUAAAGAAAAGGCAAGAUUAUGAAAAAACCAUUGAAAUGUUGACGAAAACUGGUGGUCAGGGGCACAGUGAAUUAGAGUCGAAUUUUACUGUUUCUCAAAGAGCAACCCAAAAUCGUGGUGGUCAACAGCUGGAAAAUGCUGUAGAUAUUAAAAUUGAAAAUUUCAGUAUCGCGGCAAAAGGCAAAGAAUUGUUCACUAACGCUACUCUUCUCAUUGCACAAAGCAGACGGUAUGGUCUGGUAGGUCCUAACGGACAUGGGAAAACUACGUUAUUGCGUCAUAUCGCAAAGAGGGCAUUUAAUAUUCCUCCGAAUAUUGAUAUUCUUUACUGUGAACAAGAAGUUAUAGCUGAUGACACUUCAGCGGUACAAGUGGUAUUGAAAGCCGAUGUUAAAUGUAAUGAUUUAUUACAAGAAUGCAAAGAAUUGGAAGAGCAAGUAGAGCAAGGUAAUUCCGAAGCUGAAAGCAGAUUGUCGAAAGUGUACGAAGAAUUAGAAGCUAUAGAAGCUUAUUCGGCGGAACCUAAAGCACGUAGAAUCCUUGCUGGUUUAGGAUUCAGUAAACAGAUGCAAGAUCGAGCGACAAAACACUUUUCCGGUGGUUGGCGUAUGAGAGUAUCUUUAGCAAGAGCAUUGUUUUUAGAACCUACAUUAUUAUUGUUGGACGAACCAACAAAUCAUUUAGAUUUAAAUGCUGUUAUUUGGCUAGAUAAUUAUUUACAAAGUUGGAAAAAAACGUUAUUGGUUGUGUCUCACGACCAAAGUUUUUUAGAUAAUGUUUGUACAGAUAUUGUACAUUUAGAUCAACAAAAAUUAUUUUAUUAUAAGGGUAAUUAUAGUAUGUUCAAAAAAAUGUAUACUCAAAAAAGUAAAGAAAUGAUCAAAGCUUACGAGCAGCAAGAGAAACGCUUAAAGAAUUUAAAAUCUCAGGGUCAGAGUAAGAAACAAGCAGAGAAAAAACAAAAGGAAACCCUUACGAGAAAGCAGGAGAAAAAUAAGACCAAAAUUCAGAAGCAGGAAGAAGAUGUUGGACCAACAGAACUAUUACAAAAGCCAAGAGAAUAUGUUGUUAAAUUCAGUUUUCCGGAUCCACCACCGCUUCAACCUCCUAUUCUAGGGCUUCACAAUGUAACGUUUGCUUAUAAUGGCCAGAAGCCUUUACUAAUCGAUGCUGAUUUUGGAAUAGAUUUGAAUUCGCGUAUUGCUAUUGUAGGACCUAAUGGCGUUGGCAAAACAACAUUUUUAAAAUUAUUAGUUGGUGAAUUAAUACCGACAAAAGGAGAACUUAUUAAGAAUCAUAGAUUGAGGAUAGGAAGAUUCGACCAACAUUCUGGAGAGCAUCUCACGGCUGAAGAAACUCCAACCGAAUAUUUAAUGCGUUUAUUCGAUCUUCCGUAUGAAAAAGCACGAAAGCAGUUAGGAACUUUUGGCUUAAGUUCUCAUGCACAUACCAUUAAAAUGAAAGAUCUGUCUGGUGGACAAAAAGCACGAGUUGCUUUAGCUGAACUUUGUCUUAAUGCACCCGAUGUGCUUGUUUUGGACGAGCCCACAAAUAAUUUGGAUAUAGAAUCUAUCGAUGCCUUGGGUGAAGCAAUAACCAGAUAUAAGGGUGGUGUCGUUAUUGUUUCUCACGAUGAGCGACUUAUUAGAAACACGGAGUGCUGCUUAUAUGUAAUGGAAACUCAGUCGAUUUAUGAAUUUGAUGUUGAUUUUGACAAGUAUAGAAAGGAAUUGCUUGAAAGUUUGGGAGAAUGUAUUAAUAACCCAAGUAUCACAGCAAAUGCUGCUAUUGUUCAGUGAUUUGUAAAUGGAAUAUUUAUACUUAUAGAAAAAUGAAAAAGAUGUUUUAACAUAUUGAUUUAUAGUAAGA